AUGCCUCCCUCAGCGCAAACGACAAGACUGGUAUCAACUCUCCGCCUCCUGAUCCCCCGCCUCCGCCUCCUUCAAAAGAAAGACACGGCCUCAUCAGUCGUGCAGCGUCGCGAACUCUCCCAACUCCUCAGCGAAGGCCGCGAAGCCUCCGCGCGCAUCCGCGUCGAAAAUGUCAUCGCAACAGACGUUGCAGUGGAGGUAAUGGAAAUGGUCGAGCUGUACUGCGAGCUCCUCCUAGCGCGCGCAAAUGUUCUGGACCAACUAGCCUUCGGCGAGCAAGGCAACCGCGCCCGCAUCCGCGCCAAGGAACUGCUCAAGAUGCGCACCCAGGCUCAGGCCGGUACCGCGCCGGCGGCUGCCAAAAGUGAGAGCUCUGGGUCGCGUUUUGGAUUUGGGUGGUUGGGCGGCGGUGCUCAAAGGAAGGAGGCCGAACGGUCGGGUACGCCGAUGACGGCUGGGGCUGCAGAGGACUCUGGUGAUGCUUCUGCCACCGCUGAAGAGAUUCCUUACAUGGAUACUGCGCUUGAUGAGGCUGCUGUUGUGGUCUUCUAUGCUUGGCAUCGGUUCCCGCAUGAGCUACGUGAGCUUACUAUGCUUCGUACUAUGUUGGGUGAGCGUUAUGGAAAGGAGUUUAUGACCCUGGCGCAGGAUGAUAAGGUUGAUACCGUUAAGGUGCCUGAUCGUCUGCUUAAGGGAUUGCGAGUCCGUCCGCCUGGUCAGGAGCUUGUUGAGCUCUAUCUGAGGGAGAUUGCGAAAGCAUAUGGGGUUGAAUGGGGUGGUGAUGAGCUUGGGGACGUGCCGGAGUUCGUGGACGAUAUUCAGAGUGAUGGCGGCGACGAAGAAGAAGAAGAAGAAGGAGAAGAAGAAGAAGCUAAAUCACCGCAAACUCCCAGCAAGCAGGAUGGUCCGAGGCCGAAUCUUGAAACGAGACGGGCUUCUGAUGCUAGUGAAUUGACCAAAGCUACACCCCCGCGUGGACUUGCAGCGGGCCGGAGUCCUGUUAGUGUUGCGCCGCCGGCUCCUAGGACGGACAAUCCUAAUCCUCGCGUCAAGGUGCCCGGUACAGAAGGGAAAGAUGAAGGCGCCUCGAAAGAAGGCAAUGGGGCUGCCUCCAAGGGCAAGAGUAACAAUGGGAUACCAGAGCUCGACGAAUUGACUCGGAGAUUCGCUGAUUUGAAGCGCCGGCCUUGA